ACUCACCCCUCUUCUCUCUCCCUCUCUUCACUUCAUCACCUCUCAUCACUCAACCUCUGUUCAUCAAGACUGGCAUCGUCACAUCACAUUAUAUCAAAUCUAAUUUACUAUACUAUAAUGACAGCCAAAACAAUCCGAGAAAUCACAGCCCGCAACCUGGCGGUGUUCCGGCGCCAGCCCGUGUCGGAGAUCUCCGGCUCGCUGGGCGACCUGGGCACGUUCUUACCACUGGCGUUGGCGCUGGCAGCGAACAACACAGUGUCGCUGUCGAGCACGCUGAUUUUCUCGGGGCUAUUCAACAUUGUGACGGGCCUGGUGUUUGGGAUUCCGCUGCCCGUGCAGCCGAUGAAGGCGAUCGCGGCGGUAGCGAUUGCCCGGGGCUUCAGCAACGGAGAGAUUGCGUCCGCAGGACUGCUGGUGGCCGGGUGUAUUUUCGUCUUCAGCGUGACGGGUCUGCUGCGCUGGUUCACGAACGUGAUCCCCGUCCCCGUCAUCAAGGGGAUCCAGGUCGGGGCGGGCCUGUCGCUGAUCAUCGCUGCGUGCGGGACGUUACUCUCCUCGCUUGGAUGGGCAGGACCCUCAUGGGCGGAUAAUCUGGUCUGGGCGAUUGUUGCCUUUCUCUGUCUGCUCGUCUGCGGCGUGUACCGCACUUUUCCCUAUGCGCUGGUCGUCUUUGUCGUGGGGUUGCUGUUUGCCAUCAUCCGCAGCGUCGUCGCCACCGACCUGCCCUCGUUGGUCUUCUGGCGGCCGUACGUGGUGGUCCCCUCUCCCGCCGAGUUCGCGACGGGUGCCGUCGACGCCGGUCUGGGUCAGAUCCCGCUGACGACGCUCAACUCCGUCGUCGCCGUCGUCUACCUGGCUGCCGACCUGCUGCCGGAAGUGCGCACCCCGACCGUCACGGCCAUCGGGCUGAGCGUCGCCGCCAUGAACCUGCUCGGCUGCUGGUUCGGCGCGAUGCCCGUGUGCCACGGCUCGGGCGGGCUGGCUGCCCAGUUCCGCUUCGGUGCCCGCUCGGGCGCCUCUGUUGUGUUUUUGGGUCUGCUCAAGCUGGUCAUCGGCGUCUUCUUUGGCGAGUCGCUCGUCGGCCUGCUCAAACGGUUUCCCGCCGCUCUGUUGGGCGUCAUGGUCAUCGCUGCGGGGUUGGAGCUCGCCAGCGUAGGCGAGAGCCUGAAUACCUCUGCCCGCGAUUUAUCUGGCGUUCUCGGUGAGCCCGAUGAAGCUGGGAGAUUAGGGGAAAUCCCGCCCAGCGAGUUCGAGCGUAAGAAGCGCUGGACCGUGAUGCUUGUGACAAUCAGCCUGCUGGUCGGGUUUAAGAACGACGGGAUCGGGUUCGUGGCAGGGAUGUUGUGCUGGUGGGCGUACGAGAUUCCUUCUUUAGUGGAGAGGGUGAGAGAGAGGUUUGGAAGAAGAAUUCAUUUAUAGUCUUAUAGGACCCAUUCAUACACUCAAUUCAUUCAAUUUAUACACCCGAUCCAAUUUAUGUACAUCCUAUACAAGACACACCAAAAUCAAUAUUUCGUCCCUGGAUCAUGGAGACUCGCCUCCGUUCCCGACUCAUCCAACUCGGUGAUUCUCUUGGUGGCAUCCCCCGAUACAGCAGGGAGCACCAUCUGGCCCGUCCGAUCGUAGCGCCGUUCCUCGACGACAGCAGGCUGGCCUAGAUCCUGGUGCGCGGUACGGACGACCGUGUUGCCUUCUGGAUCGGUGUGCGAGGCGGUGCUGUAUCGGUGGCCUGUUGUUGUGGUGCCGUCGCUGCUGUUUGUUGCGGAGCUGUAGUAGUAGCUGCUGAAGGACAUGGCUUUAGUAUAAGACAAUAAUUUUUAGAUAGACGUAGAUAGAUAGUAUACAGUGUAGAUUGUA